GACUCCGCCUCUUCGUGCUGGUAUCGGUCUGUGCUCGGGUGCUGGCUCAGUCUCCGCAGCUCUCUGCUGUCGCUCCGGGUCCACGAGAUGACACCGCCUCCGCCCAGAUGCACCUCCCUCGGUGUCCCGCGCUACCGCAUUUCUGGCCCACAGGCUCGGUCUGGACUCCAGCUGCAGUUGCUACUGCUGCUGCUCUGGGCGGCCGCCGACACCCAAGGCCACCCGAAGAGUGGACCCCGCAUCUCCGCUGUCUGGAAAGGCCGCGCAGGGAAGGACCGGGUGGAUUUUGGCUCGGCAGAGCCACACACCGUGCUUUUCCAUGAGCCAGGCAGCGAUUCUGUGUGGGUGGGUGGACGUGGCAAGGUCUACCUCUUCAACUUCCCCGAGGGCAAGAACGCCUCUGUGCACACGGUGAACAUUGGCUCCACCAAGGGAUCCUGCCUGGGCAAGCAGGACUGUGAGAACUACAUAACACUCCUGGAGAGACAGGGCGAGGGGUUGCUGGCCUGCGGCACCAAUGCCCGGCACCCCAGCUGCUGGAGCCUGGUGAAUGGCACUGUGGAGUCACUUGGUGAGAGGAGAGGUUAUGCCCCCUUCAGCCCGGAUGAGAACUCCCUGGUUCUGUUUGACGGGGAUGAGGUGUACUCUACAAUCCGGAAGCAGGAAUACAACGGGAAGAUCCCUCGGUUCCGCCGCAUCCAGGGCGAGAUUGAGCUGUACACCAGUGACACCGUCAUGCAGAAUCCACAGUUCAUUAAGGCCACCAUCGUGCACCAAGACCAGGCCUAUGAUGACAAAAUCUACUACUUCUUCCGGGAGGACAACCCUGACAAGAAUCCCGAGGCUCCUCUCAAUGUGUCCCGCGUGGCCCAGCUGUGCAGGGGGGACCAGGGUGGUGAGAGUUCGCUGUCUGUCUCCAAGUGGAAUACCUUCCUGAAGGCCAUGCUGGUGUGCAGCGACCCCGUCACCAACAAGAACUUCAACAGGCUACAGGAUGUCUUCCUACUCCCUGACCCUAACGGCCAGUGGAGGGACACUAGGGUCUAUGGCGUUUUCUCCAACCCCUGGAACUACUCAGCUGUCUGUGUAUAUUCCCUUGGUGACAUUGACAAGGUCUUCCGUACUUCCUCACUCAAGGGCUACCACACAGGCCUUCCCACCCCUCGGCCUGGCAAGUGCCUCCCAGGCCGGAAGCCGAUACCCACGGAGACCUUCCAGGUGGCCGACAGUCACCCUGAGGUGGCACAGAGGGUGGAGCCCAUGGGGCCUCUGAAGACACCACUGUUUCACUCUAAGUACCACUACCAGAAAGUAGUUGUCCACCGCAUGCACGCCAGCCAUGGGGAGACCUUCCACGUGCUUUACCUAACUACAGACAGGGGCACCAUCCACAAGGUGGUGAAGUCAGAGGAGUGGGAACACAGCCUCGUCUUCAACAUCAUGGAGAUCCAGCCCUUCCGUCGUGCAGCAGCCAUCCAGGCCAUGUCACUGGACCCUGACCGGCGGAAACUGUAUGUAAGCUCCCAAUGGGAGGUGAGCCAGGUGCCCCUGGACCUGUGUGACAUCUAUGGUGGGGGCUGCCAUGGCUGCCUCAUGGCCCGAGACCCAUACUGUGGCUGGGACCAGGGUCACUGUGUCUCCAUCUUUAGCUCCCAAAGGUCAGUGCUGCAGUCUAUUAAUCCAGAUGAGCCACACAAAGAAUGCCCCAGCCCAAAGCCAGAUGAGGCCCCACCUCAGAAGGUCUCCUUAGCCCGGAACUCUCGCUACUACCUGAGCUGCCCCAUGGAGUCCCGCCAUGCCACCUACUGGUGGCGCCACGGAGAGAAGGUGGAGCAGAGAUGCGAGCCCGGCCACCAGAGUCCCAACUGCAUCUUGUUCAUCGAGAACCUCACGGAUGGUCACUAUGGCCACUACUACUGCGAGGCCCAGGAGGACUCCUACGUCCGCAAGGCCCAGCACUGGCAGCUGCUGUCUGAGGACGAGGCCAAGGCCCAGCACCUGCUGGGCUGUGCCCAUGCCCUUUUGGCCUCCCUCUGGCUGGGGGUCCUGCCAACACUCAUUCUUGGCCUACUGGUUCAUUAGGGCCUCCUGGGGCUGGGCAUGCUGUGGGCAUCUGCAGUCCCAGGGCACUAGAAAAGUCUCACACCCAGAGCCACCCGGCUGGGAGCUCCUUGCCCACCACUGGUUCCAGGGGGAUUGCAUAGCUUGCCAGGGGACACCAGGCCUGGAGAUGGCCAGCCACAGGCAGCUGCUGAGCCCAGGUGGGGCAGGGUGGUGGGGGCUGGAGAAUGAAGGCACUGACUAUGAAGCUGGGGCAUUGAUGGCCCAAGACUUUAUCUUCUGGAGACUAUUUUUCAAAAGUUCUUCCUCAAACUUGCCCAAAUUCAGUGAUGCUCCUGGCCCAAGAGCCCGUGGGCCAGAGAGGGGUUGGGAAAAGGGAGCUGGGAUCCCAUUUCUGGACCUUCAAGCUCUCUAUUGCCUCCUCAUCCUCUCUCCUGCCACUGCAGGGGCUGGCUGGUGUUCCUGCAGGCCCAGGCUGCCCUCUGUGGCCCUCACCAGCCCUGGGUCCUACUAAGGCAGCCUCCUUGCAUGUUUAUUGAAGGAUGUUUGCUUUCCGGACAGGAGGACGGAAAGGGCUCUAUUUUUAUGUUAGGCUUAUUUCAUGUACUGCUACUUCCGACUGCAUCUGUAUGAAAAUACCAAAACUACAUGCUGGGGGUGGGUGGGGAAGGGAGGGGCUAGAAAGGGAUGGGUUGGUGGGGGGGGGGGUCCCAACCUGAGGCUCUUGGGCAUGGGAUAAGAGUCCAGGGAUAUGGUGGCAUGGGUUCAAAGAGAUGGCAUGAGCUGGCUCUGCCCUGGAAGCCCAGGCUGAGGGGUACAUUGUCCAAGUACCCCUGUUGGUUAUGGGAGGGGGUGGGGUGAGGGAGACGGGAAAAUGAAGGAGAAAACUGAGCCCUAGGUUCACACAUUCAUAUAGGAGUCAGGUCCUCAGGGGGAGGUUCCAGGACUCUGCCCUUGGCAUUGGGGGUUGGGGGGCGGGGCGCCCUCCCCUCAGUCCCCUUGCGCAGGGGCUGUGCUUCCAUGCUCCUAGCCUCCCACCUUCAGCUCAGGACAUGCUAUAACUAAGGCUAAACUGUGAAUUCCAGUGGGGACAGCCUGGGCCAAGCUCUCCAGGUGGGUAGCUCUGCCCACUCUGUCCCUGGAUUUCAGCAGAGAGCUGGGCCUUCUCUGGUGUAUCUGGCCAGCCCCCCGGCAGGGCCUGGGGCUGGCGACCUUCCAGCUUUGGUCCCUGCAUCUCUUUUCAAUGCACUUUAAUGAUGUAACAUAUUACUAAUAAACGAGCUAUUUAUUUA